AUGAGCGGCUACGACAGAGCACUUUCAGUAUUCAGUCCCGACGGACACGUUUUCCAGGUGGAGUACGCCUUGGAGGCUGUUAAGAGAGGAACCGCAGCCGUCGGUGUCAAGGGCAAGGAUGUCGUCAUUCUGGGAUGCGAGAAGCGGUCUGCUCUCAAGCUCCAGGACCCUCGAAUCACCCCCUCCAAGAUCUGCAAGUUGGACACUCAUGUGUCUCUGGCCUUUGCCGGUCUGAACGCCGACGCCCGAAUCCUCGUCGACAAGGCCCGAGUUGAGGCUCAGUCUCACCGACUCACAGUUGAAGACCCCGUUUCCGUCGAGUACAUCUCCCGAUACAUUGCUGGUGUUCAGCAGCGAUACACCCAGUCAGGUGGUGUACGACCAUUCGGUAUUUCUACUCUGAUUGUUGGAUUCGACCCCAACGACAAGGUGCCCAAGCUGUACCAGACAGAGCCCUCUGGAAUCUACAACGCGUGGAAAGCCAACGCCAUCGGUAAGAGCUCCAAGACUGUACGAGAUUUCCUGGAGAAGAACUACGAGGAGGAUAUGGACAAAGCCGCCACCAUUCGGCUGGCUAUCAAGAGUCUGCUGGAGGUUGUCCAGACCGGAGCCAAGAACAUUGAGAUUGCCAUCUUGUCUGCCGACAACCCUACCGAGGUUCUGAGCACGGAAACCAUUGCUGAGUACGUUGCUGAGAUUGAGGAAGAAAAGGAGGCAGAGGCCAAGAAACAGAAGCCUAGCCGGGAUUAG